AUGACCGCAUUGCACCUUGUUUUAAGACGCAGUCCUGCCACACCAUAUGCCAAGUCAAAGCGAGGACAUCGAGAGGAGGAUCAAGAGGACCUGACCAAGGAUAUGGAUGAACCCUCCCCUGUCCCCAACGUAGAAGAGGUCACACUACCAAAAAGUGUGAACACGAAGAAAGAUUCUGAAUCAGCGCCAGUGAAAGGUGGCACUAUGACUGAUCUCGAUGAGCAAGAGGAUGAUAAUCUGGAGACAACUGGCAAGGAUGAGGAAGAUACUUCUGCUGGAAACAAAGGGGAACAAACAAAAAAUCCUGACUUGCAUGAGGACAAUGUUACAGAGCAGACUCACCACAUUAUCAUACCUAGUUACGCAGCAUGGUUUGACUACAACAGUGUCCAUGCCAUUGAACGACGUGCUCUCCCAGAAUUCUUUAAUGGAAAAAAUAAGUCCAAAACCCCAGAGAUUUACCUUGCCUAUCGUAAUUUCAUGAUUGACACGUACCGUCUGAAUCCACAGGAGUACCUCACAUCAACAGCAUGCCGUCGAAAUCUUGCAGGAGAUGUCUGUGCGAUAAUGAGGGUGCACGCUUUUCUCGAGCAAUGGGGACUCAUUAAUUACCAGGUGGAUGCAGAAAGCCGACCGACACCCAUGGGUCCUCCCCCAACAUCACAUUUCCAUGUGCUCGCUGACACACCUUCUGGUCUGGUGCCUCUUCAGCCCAAAGCUCCACAGACAUCAGCAUCCCAGCAAAUGCUAAAUUUCCCUGAUAAGAACAAAGAGAAGGCAGCAGACAUGCAAAACUUUGGAUUGCGUACUGAUAUGUAUGCUAAGAAAAAUGUUCCUUCUAAGAGUAAAGCAGCUGCUAGUGCUACACGAGAGUGGACAGAGCAAGAAACACUUUUACUGCUUGAGGCAUUGGAGAUGUAUAAGGAUGAUUGGAAUAAAGUCUCGGAACAUGUAGGCAGUCGCACGCAGGAUGAAUGUAUCUUGCAUUUCUUACGUUUACCAAUAGAAGAUCCGUACCUUGAAGAUUCUGAAGCCUCCUUAGGCCCGUUGGCUUACCAGCCAAUCCCUUUCAGUCAGUCUGGCAAUCCUGUCAUGAGCACUGUGGCAUUUCUGGCUUCAGUGGUUGACCCACGUGUGGCAUCAGCAGCUGCAAAAUCUGCAUUAGCAAAGCACCUUGCUGCAGUGGAGGAGCGGAAAAUCAAAUCAUUGGUAGCGCUACUUGUCGAAACACAGAUGAAGAAACUUGAAAUCAAACUCCGACAUUUUGAAGAACUUGAGACCAUUAUGGACAGAGAGAGAGAGGCAUUGGAAUACCAGAGACAACAGCUUCUCUCAGACAGACAAGCCUUUCACAUGGAGCAACUGAAGUAUGCUGAGAUGAGAGCACGGCAACAGCACUUUCAACAAAUGCAUCAACAGCAGCAACAGCAGCAUCAGCUCCCGUCUGGCCCCCAGGCCAGUCAACAGCCAGCCAUCAUUCCUACAUCUGUGCAACCAGUACCGCCUGCUGCAGUUCAACAGGGAGCUGUGAAUCAGGGUUCAGGUGAUUCCAUAGCUCAGUCCAUUCCACAACAACAACAGACCCCACCAACGCAACGACAGCACCAGCAGCAGCAACAGGCUCAACCUGCUGUUCUUCCUCAUGGUCAGCCACCAUUUCCAAGUCAACAAACUCCAAAUCAACUGAUGCCCAGUAACAUGCCAGUUGGCAUGCCUGCGAACAUGUCUGGUAAUAUGGCUGCUGGUAUGCCUUCUGUUGUGCCAGCCAUUAUUGCAUGUAGCAUGGGUAGUGUCAUCUCAGAAAAUGUUCCGGCUAACCUCCCUGCUAGCAUGCCAAACCAAGUGCAUGGUCAUUUACCCAGUAGCAUGCCUGGGGGUGUCCCUGGCAACGUGUGUAUAGGGUUGCCAGGACGUUUGCCUGUAGAUCUGCCUAGCUCUGUACAUCCUAACAUACCUGGAAACAUCAUCCCACCCUCCAUGUCUCUAACUUCCACCCCAGCGUCAGCAGCUGCUCAGAGCCCUGCCAUUGUAGCCGCCAUGCAGGGGAAUACAAGUCCGUUGCAAGAAAUACAGAAGUGACCUGAAGACAAUACCGUACCAUACUGCCUUACAUCACUAUUCUGGAGUGAGAGAAGGAAACAUAACCUGUGCUGUUGCCAGAGCAAUGACAUCUGUAUGAGAGUAGUAAAAUUAAAAACUAACUCAAUGCAUGUGGGAGCUUUCCUUUCACACUCUGGGACUGUAUGGUACAGUGGGUUAUCACACUGUCC